UCAAUCCACAGAUGGGAAACUUUUCUAUACUAGAGAUGGAAUGCGAUGUGAAGUUGUCAUGACAGUUCCAGAGGCUUUGAAAAAUUUCAACUGUAAUCACACUAAGCGUGGUAGUCACAAUGGCAUCUUUAAAACCAGGACAUCCAUCACUGAAAAGUAUUAUUGGCCUGGGAUGACAGUGGACAUAGAGAAAUGGAUCUCCACCUGCGAUAUGUGCCAGAGAACUGGUGUUCCCGCCAACAUCGAUCCCGAGCUGCAUAGUAUCCGGGUUUGGCAGCCAUGGGAGUUGGUGGGAAUAGAUCUCAUGGGACCUUUCCCAGAAACUGCAGCUGGAAACAAGUAUGUACUUGUCUGUAUUGACUAUUUCACCAAGUGGCUGCAGGCAAAGCCAAUUAAAGAUAAGUCAGCAAAAACAGUACUGAAGCCAUUAGUUGAAGUUAUCACAUCUUUCGUCUUUCUGGGACGCAUCCUGUCAGACCAAGGAUCGGAGUUCAACAACCAGAUUAACAGACUCCUGUGCAAAGCGUUCAAUAUCGAGAGGAGCUUCACCGCUGCAUAUCACCCCUAGACAAAUGGGCUGGUGGAGAAUGCCAAUCGUUCGAUUAAGAGAGCCAUGAGAACGAUGACUGAGGAGAUGGCUGAGGACUGGGAUGAGUUUCUGCCUUUCAUUGUAUUAUCACAUAAUGGAAAGAAACACUGCUCCACAAAAUUCUCACCUUUCAGGCUUUUUCUCAGGCGUGAGGCAAAACUUGCCUGUGAUGUCCCAUUAGAAUUGGAUUGCGAAGUUCACUGGAAGGAUGAAGAUAUUGCCAAGGAAGUUGUUCAUCAGGCCGUGAAGUUCAAAGCAACUGUGGAAGCAGCCCAGGAAAACAUUCAGAAAGCACAAGAAAGGCAGCAGAAGCAGUACAGGGCGAGGAAGACAUCCAAAAAGGGUGUUAUGAAUGUCAGCGUGGGUGAUAAAGUACUGCUUUUGAAUCACAGAAAGAGAACACACAAGGGUGCGAAGUUUGAGCAGGACUAUCUAGGUCCCUACACUGUGGACAAGCUUGAAGGGAAGAAGGUCACACUUCGCACUCCUCAGGGGAACCCAAUUAAAAAUACAUACAAUAUAUCUUCGGUGAAGCCUUACAAAGAGAUCUGUGCUCCUGUUCCUGAGGACCACAACUAUAUUGCUGUCAGUUCCCAGAAUGUGAAGUGCUCAGCAGCACCAAUGGCACCAAAGGAGGACUUGGGUACCCCGAUGAGCCAAAAGGAAUGCAACAGUUUAUGGCAAUCUGCAGCAGCCCCUGCAGAUGCUGCCAUGGAGAUAUGGGCUAAGAAAGCAAAAGUGAUCAUGGAGCGCAAGGAAGAAGACAGACUGGAAGCAGUUGUGCACUCCACAAAGCUGUAGGUGUCAUCUUUCCAUGGACUGAGUCAGUAGGCAUGGCUUGGAGAUGAGGCAAGUCCAUAUAGCCAAAUGUCGGUACUCCUCAGUUUAUGACGCAUGUGUGCCUGUGUCUGAGAAUUAAUGAGUGAACAUGUGCUUGCCUCAGUGACAGGUGACCGAUGCCUACUUGGCCUGUAUCACAAGGAAGAUGGGCGAAAAGGUAUGCAGUGGCCCAUUGUAAGCUGCAAGUAUGUCUCAUACCGCAGCAGCAACAUCUAGUGUAUUUUUAACACGCAUUUUUAACA